CCCCAAGAUGAUUUUCUGCUGUCGGGCCGAGCUUUUAUGACCCAGCCACCUUGGUCAACUCGACGAGCAUUGCUUGAAGAGGAAAUCUAUAUUAUUAUCCAAGCUUAUCAAAUCAUCACCCAUGAUGAGUGGAAAUAAACUUUGUGCCAAGCCGUCAAAGAUUUCGGUGCUUCCACGAUGUCAGCCAACGAGUCAAAACGUCGUUCGGAACAUAAACCGCCAGAUGCUGCAGCAUUUCAGUACAAGCCUUUAGAGGAAGGGAUUGACUGCACAAGAUUUUUGAGAAUCCAUCCUGCGAAAAACGACAACGACCAUCUCAUAUGUUGCACCUUGGAUCACAUUGCCUUCGGAGAAAAGCCAAGCUACGAAGCUCUGUCGUACAGGUGGGGCGAUGAGGCUCUUGCACAGACAAUUGUGCUCAAUGGCCAUCAUUUCCUCGUGAGGAAGAAUCUUCAUGAUGCUCUUCAAUACCUCCGCAAUAGAGGAAAUAUUGGACUCUUGUGGAUCGAUGCGAUCUGUAUCGACCAGGCGAAUGUGCAGGAGCGCAACAGGCAAGUUGCCAUUAUGAGACACAUAUACUUCAGAGCGCACACAGUAGUUGUUUGGCUGGGAAGUACUUAUUCGCAAUACCAAAAGGAGAUUAGUCCGCUUGAGGCUCGCUUUGCUCCAGAAGACAGCUCAGUGGAAGAAACUCUCACCUUUGCAACUGGGCCCAGCGAGCCCGACGACGCACAUACAGCUAGUUUGAAAAUCGAGCGCAAAAUGGUGCUUAAAUUGGCAAAAGACGAGUAUUGGAACCGAGUCUGGAUCAUUCAGGAGAUCGGACAUGCUAGACAAAGACGCGUCUGCUUCGGGAAGAUGGAGCUGAGUUGGAGCGAUUUUAUCAAAAUGAUGACGCACCACAGCGUCACAACUGAAGGGCCUCUUCGGUUGAACCAGCAAGCCGAGCAAAAGUACCAGGGUGUUGGUAUUCCUAUCACAGGGAUGGUUCGAACCGUAGGUGACAAAGAGGUCAAAAUCUAUAUAUAUUUAACUUCUACAUAAGGUGUAAAA